AUGCUACACGCCACUUCAAACCAUAACCGUACCCACAUAUUGGUCGAAAAUUAUAUAAUACUCAAGCCAUUCCGACUUGACAAGAAGAGGCUUUGUGGUGUCACAGCCCUGAAUGAAACCGCUAGCUCGAUCGGCAGAUGCGACAAGUCAGUGAGGGAGUUCCUGGAAGAGAAGUACACGCCUGCGCUGGUGGCCACGGAGAAUGGUGCUGUCAAACUGGCCAUCAAGGCCCUGCUUGAAGUUAUACAGUCUGGGCAGAAGAACUUACAGGUGGCAGUAAUUACAAAUGGUAAGCCUAUGAAGCUGUUGGAUGAAGACCUUGUGGCGUCCAUAUCAGCUGAAAUAGCUCAUGAAAAGGCGAAAGCCGAAUCUGACAAGAAAAAGAAAUAGUACUUUUAAAACGGACUUUUGUAAAAAACAAGUAAAAAUAAAAUUAGUUAAUAAUUUAUUAUAUAAUAUUGUUAGUUUUAGAUAAUGGCGUGUUGUCGUGUUGUAUUGUUGUUAUUGUAUUAAUUAAAUAUUCUUUUUUUUAAUA